UUCCCCUCCACGCAGUAUCCCAGAAUAGUAGUAGUAUAUCGCUUGAGUUUCCUCUAUUACCAUUUUACCCCUUUGCUGCUCCGUGUCCUUGUCCUCUAAAACACAACCAGACUCUACAUAUUAUCGACUUUCAGCGCAUCUACAUCUACUUAGCCUUGUGUUCUUCCAUCAAGUUAAAGAUUUUGAGGAAUGAUAGCAAGAUUAGGAUUAUUUUAGAUAGACAGAUAUGAGGAUAGGCAGACAUGUUAAAAACUUUUUUCUAGAUUAGGGGCAUAUCUUGUAAUAAGAAGCUGUGCCCUGUGGGGAGAAUAGGCAUCCAGGAAUUUAUCUCUCUCUCUCUCUUUUUUUGGGGGUCCAAGAAGGAGGAAGAAUAUUCACCGCUACAAAUUUCAAACUAGCAAAGGCAAAUCCAUUUUUGUCUCUCUGCCUCAGAGUCCAGAGGGUGACUCAGUUUUGUUCUCUGUGUGUGUUCUGUUUGAGCCUUUUACAAGGCAUUCAAAGAAAGGAAGAAAAAUGCAGAGAGAACAUGAAGAACAAGCAAUCCUGAGUGCACCAUUGGUUGACACCUCUGAAAAAGUGGGGUGGAAGGGAGGAUUGUGUGAUAAAGAAAAUAGUUUUAACAAGAAAGAAAUUGUCGAAGAAGUUAAGAAACAGAUAUGGCUAGCGGGGCCUCUCAUCUGUGUCAGCCUUUUACAAUUCAGUUUACAGAUUAUUUCUGUGAUGUUUGUGGGACAUCUUGGAGAAUUAGCUCUAUCUGCUGCUUCGAUGGCCACAUCUUUUGCAUCCGUCACCGGUUUCAGCUUACUGAUGGGAAUGUCAAGUGCAUUGGAUACAUUUUGUGGUCAAUCAUAUGGGGCAAAGCAAUACCAUAUGCUGGGUAUCCAUAUGCAGAGAGCUAUGAUAGUUGUGUUACUCGUAAGCAUACCUCUUGCAGUGGUCUGGGGAAACACUGGUCACAUAUUAAAGUUUUUAGGCCAGGAUCCUCAAAUAUCAGACCAAGCUGGGGUAUUUGCCAAGUUCAUAAUCCCAAGCCUUUUUGGGUAUGGCCUUCUUCAGUGUCAUGUGAGAUUUUUACAAAGCCAGAACAUUGUCUUCCCAAUGAUGUUAACUUCUGGAAUCACAACAUUAUUGCACGUCCUUGUCUGUUGGCUUCUGGUUUUUAAGUCUGACCUUGGCUUCAAAGGAGCUGCUUUGGCGAAUGGCAUCUCUUAUUGGAUCAACCUUCUUCUGCUUGCAUUUUAUGUCAAAUUCUCUACUUCAUGUAAGAAAACGUGGACUGGAUUUUCGAAGGAAGCCCUGCAUAAUAUUCCCAAUUUCCUUAAACUUGGAAUCCCUUCAACUAUCAUGAUCUGUUUGGAGAACUGGUCAUUUGAGAUGACAGUUCUGCUUUCUGGCCUUCUUCCUAAUCCACAGUUGGAAACCUCAGUGCUCUCCGUCUGCCUUAAUACAGCUGCAACUGUUUGGAUGAUUCCUUUUGGACUUAGUUGUGCUGUGAGGUCAGUUAAAGACACGACUAAAACAUAUAAUUUUUGUUCAUACGGUACACGGGUGUCAAAUGAACUGGGGGCUGGUCAUCCAAGAACUGCACGUUUGGCAGUGUGUGUCGUCUUUUUCAUGGCCAUAACAGUGGGCAUUCUGGUUGGAUUAGUCCUCAUCUUGAUACGUAACGGUUUGGGAUAUGCUUUUAGCAAUGAGAAAGAAGUGGUAAACUAUGUAGCAAGGAUGGUGCCAUUACUUGCAACAUCAAAUAUAUUAGAUGGGCUCCAGUGUGUUCUCUCUGGUACUGUUAGAGGAUGCGGCUGGCAAAAGAUUGGUGCAUUCAUUAAUCUUGGAUCAUAUUACCUUGUGGGCAUUCCUGCUGCUGUCUUAAUAGCGUUUGUUCUCCACAUCGGAGGACAGGGCCUCUGGUUGGGGAUAAUAUGUGCACUGAUUGUCCAAGUACUGUGUCUUUUCAUCAUUACCUGGCGCACUAACUGGGCAAAAGAAGCAAAGAAGGCCUUGGAAAGAGUUCACGAUUCUAUAAUCCCUGUAGAGACUGUCUCCUGAAGCUUCAGGCUUUGUUCUGUUAUAGCAGCCGCACCACUUCUUGAGCAAUAUUGGUUAAUGCAAAGGUCAAGAUUUUGGAAGCAUGCAUCCUAGAAACAAUGACAAACCAAAAGGCAAGCUCACAAGGCCCUCAACUGAAACUCUCAGGUUUCUAGUUCAGCUCUGCACCACAGGCUUGCAGAGGCAGAACUAAAUGGUCUCGUAGUUUAUUGAUCAUGGUUGAAAAUCCUCCUUCCUUCAAGAAAGAAUUACAAAAUAACAGAAAGUUGUGCUCAGCCAUAUUAUGCCACCAUCGGUGGUGGUAUCUUUAGCAGAAAAUUUCUGAAGCAUUCUUCAGUGGAGUGCUGGUAGUAUAAAGUAAUCCGAUAAAAAGGGAUCCUAUUCUCCAUAUACAGCCUCUGUUUUUUAUAUUCUGCAUUUCCAAUCUCUUUUAAAAACUGUUGAUAUGUUUGAUUAGUUUCAUUGCAUUGCAAGCAAAUCUCUUGGCAUACCUGCAUAAUGGAUUAUGGGCAUAAUUUAAAGAGACUUUAUUU